AUGCUGAACAAUCCAAGCCUCACGCUUCCCGCUCCCGCCAAACUCCCUCCUCCUCCUCCUCCUCCGCUAACCUCCGAUCAUCUCCACCGCCGUCUCAUCUCCCAAAUCAAUGUCGGCCACCUCCCCAAAGCAAUCUCCACCCUCGACCUCAUGGCCCGCCGCGGCUCCCACCCCGACCUCCCCACCUACUCCCUCCUCCUCAAAUCCUGCCUCCGCUCCCGCCGCUUCCACCUCGCCAAGCUCGUCCACGCCCACCUCUCCCGCUCCCACCUCCGCCCCGACUCCCUCAUCCUCAACUCCCUCAUCAGCGUCUACUCCAAAUCCGGCGACUUCGAAACCGCCCGGUCCAUCUUCCAAACGAUGGGACCAAAGAGAAACCUAGUGUCGUGGAGCGCGAUGGUCUCGUGCUUCGCGAACAACGACAUCCCAUUGGAGGCCAUCUCUAUGUUUGUUGAUAUGAUUGAGGAGGGUUAUAAUGCUAACGAGUUUUGCUACGCGUCGGUUAUAAGAGCGUGUUCGAAUCCGGAGCUUGUUGGGAUUGGUAGGGUCGUUUUCGGGAUGGUGGUUAAGACCGGGUAUCUUGAGUCGGAUGUGUGCAUUGGGUCUUCGUUGAUUGAUAUGUUUGCGAAGGGAAGUGGGGAAUUAGGGGAUGCAUAUAAGGUGUUUGAGAAAAUGGCUGAGACGGAUGCGGUGACUUGGAGCUUGAUGAUCACUAGGUUUGUGCAGAUGGGUUAUCCGAGAAAGGCGGUUGAGUUGUUUAUGGAGAUGUUGUCGAAUGGGCUAAUGCCGGACCAGUUUACUUUGAGUGGUGUUGUGUCGGCUUGUACAAAGUUGGGGUCGUUGGCAUUGGGAAAGCAGCUGCAUUCGUGGGCUGAACGGUCGCGGUUGGUAUUGGAUCAUUGUGUUGGGUGUUGUUUGGUGGAUAUGUAUGCUAAGUGUGGAGGUGAUGGGUCUAUGAGUGAUUCAAGGAAGGUGUUUGAUCGGAUGCGAGAGCAUAGUGUUGUGUCGUGGACUGCUGUUAUCACUGGAUAUGUGCAGAGUGGAGGGGGCGAUGAGGAAGCUGUCGAGCUCUUUGUUAAAAUGAUCUCGGGUGGUCAUGUUUCACCUAAUCAUUUCACGUUUGCUAGCAUCCUGAAGGCUUGUGCAAACCUUUCUGAUCGGCAUAAGGGAGGUCAAGUUCACUCCCUUGCAGUGAAACUUGGCCUUGCAUCAGUUAAUUGUGUGGGAAAUUCGCUUAUUAGCAUGUAUGCAAGGUCUGGCCAUGUGGACGAUGCUCGUAAAGCUUUUGAUGUUCUGUAUGAGAAGAAUUUGAUAUCUUAUAAUGCAAUCGUUGAUGCAUAUGCCAAGCAUCUUGACACUGAAGGAGCCUUUGGACUUCUCCAUGAAAUUGAGAAUACAGGACUAGGGGCUAGUGCUUUCACAUUUGCUAGUCUUUUGAGUGGAGCAGCCAGCCUUUGUGCAGUUGAUAAGGGCGAACAGAUACAUUCCCGGAUUAUAAAAUCAGGAUUUGAGUCAAAUCAAAGCAUUUGCAAUGCCUUGGUUUCUAUGUAUUCCAGGUGUGGAAACAUAAACGCUGCUUUUCAAGUGUUUAAUAAGAUGGAGGAUUGGAAUGUUAUAUCAUGGACUUCAAUGAUCACAGGAUUUGCAAAACAUGGUUAUGCGGCUAGAGCUGUGGGACUAUUUGACCAAAUGCUUGAGGCCGGGUUAAAACCGAAUGAGAUCACAUAUAUUGCUGUCUUAUCAGCAUGUAGCCAUGCAGGUUUGAUUUCUGAGGGGUGGAAACACUUCAAGGAAAUGCACCAACAACAUGGUAUUGUCCCAAGAAUGGAACACUAUGCAUGUAUGGUUGAUUUAUUGGGCCGCUCAGGAUCCCUUGUAGAAGCCAUUGAAUUUAUUAACUCAAUGCCUUUUGAAGCUGAUGCACUAAUAUGGCGAACAUUUCUUGGAGCAUGCCGAGUGCAUUGUGACGUUGAGCUUGGGAAACAUGCAGCAAAGAUGAUUAUGAAGCAGAACCCACAUGAUUCAGCAGCAUAUAGCUUACUAUCAAAUUUGUAUGCUUCCACUGGUCAGUGGGAAGAAGUAGCAAAUAUAAGAAAACAAAUGAAAGAGAAAGCUUUGGUCAAAGAAGCAGGUUCUAGCUGGAUAGAGGUGAAAAAUAAGAUGCACAAGUUCCAUGUUGGAGAUACUUCACACCCAAAAGCACAGGAGAUUUAUGAUGAAAUGGACCGAUUGGGUUCAAAGAUAAAGAAAUUGGGUUAUGUCCCCGAUACAGAUUAUGUACUUCAUGAGGUGGAUGAGGAGCAAAAGGAAUAUUAUUUGUUUCAGCACAGUGAGAAAUUAGCAGUGACAUUUGGUCUUAUAAGCACAUCAAAAUCAAAACCCAUAAGAGUAUUCAAGAAUCUCCGUGUUUGUGGAGAUUGUCACACUGCAAUCAAGUAUAUUUCAAAAGCCACGGGAAGAGAAAUAGUGGUAAGGGAUUCAAAUCGGUUUCAUCAGUUUAUGGAUGGGACAUGUUCUUGCAAUGACUACUGGUGA